AUGGACAAUUACAAGACUUACCUCGCGGAACAGGUCCUAUCUGAGGACAGAAUCGUCACGUAUAGGACUUUGAGUCGGGCUUUGAAAGUCCAUGUCAACACAGCCAAACAGAUGCUCUACGAAUUCCACAAUGAGCAAAAUGUCAAACGCUCAGGAUCCGUCCAUGCAACCUACGUGCUGUAUGGCAUCAGGAAGAAUGCCCAAACCAACGGCCACUCCCAGCAAGACGGUGAUGUGCACAUGACGAGCUCUCCCCCAGAAAUUGAGUCUGCGGUGGAUGACAAUCCCGUGAUCACACUGACUCUUGUGGCCGAGGAAAGCCUCAAAGAUGUACUUUCGCAAUAUGAAAGCGUCAGUUCCAUUCAUAUCUAUAGUCUGGGAACGCACCCUGUAAAGGAUCUUCAUUUACUCGCGGAGGUGUCGAAACCCAUCCUUGACGUGGCGGCUGAGAACGAUCCAACCGACCGUCAACACUCACUCGGACCCAUUCGCAAUCCACAUGUGCGGCGAAGAGAGCGUCAGGGGGCAGCCCUCAGGUCCAAUGUGGCGGUCCCCAAAGCGUCUGACGCGAAACCUACUACCUUGAAGCAGGCGCCCGCUGCACCAGUCAAGGAAGAAGCCGCGCCGGAGCAAAAGUCGGGCUCCAAGGAAUCCACCCCGGUGCUGUCCGGGUCGAAGAAACCGCCACCUGCUCUGAAGCGCGGAGCUUCUGGAGGUAUCAUGCAGUCUUUCGCCAAAGCUGCAUCCAAGCCCAAGAAAGCUGGCACUCCUCAGCCAACAGCGGCAAGCGCCGCGGAUGAUACACCUAUGCAGGAACUUUCGGAUGAUGGAGAGGACGACACUGUGGCCGAGCCCAAAAACGAAGACGACUCGGCAGCAUACAAGACCAGAAAAGACCGUCAGGAAGAGCUGAAGCGCAUGAUGGAGGAGGACAGUGAAGACGAGGAGCCUGAAAAGGAAGACACGCCGAUGGAAGAGCCAGAGGAGGAGGUCCCAGCGCCAGAGCCUGAGAAAGAAGAGAAACCAGAGCCAGCGGAGGUCAUUUCGAGUGCCAGCAACGGGCGGCGCCGUGGAAAGAGGCGGGUGAUGAAAAAGAAGACAGUCAUGGACGACCAGGGUUACUUGGUCACGGUUCAAGAAUCUGGUUGGGAGUCUUUCUCCGAGGAUGAGCCAGCGCCGCCAGCUGCGAAGAAGAAGGCGGAGGCCGGGUCACAACCGGCGAAGCCCAAGAAACCAGCUGCAAAGGGCCAGGGCAAUAUCAUGUCGUUCUUCAGCAAGAAGUAA